CGUAAAGGCCCGGCCCAGGGGAAAGUUCAGGGCGUCCUGGCUCUCCUCGCUGCUGCUUCUGCUAGGCCCAGUGCGAGACCAAAGCACGAGCGACUCCCGUCGUCCCCGGCCAGGCAGAUGUUGGCCUAAUCCUGGCGCGAACGAAGCGCGCUAUUUCUCUGCUUCCUCUAGGCUAAGCCUGCUUUACGGCAGGGCCCGCCUCGGGAGCGAGCACAGACCGGGGCAGCGAGGCCAGCCGGGCGCCGGCGAGGUCCCCGAACGCGCACGCGCUCUCUUCGGCUCCGGGUGGCGGCCGCCGGAGUUGACGUUAGCCAUGGAAACCCAAAGCUGGCCCGGGCGGGGCUGCGGUGAGCUCGUUGUUCGGCCGCCGCAGCUUUUCUGCCUCCGCAUUCGGGCAAUAACCAACCUCCCGGCGGGAGCGCCCAGCCCGGGUUUACCUGCAAAAAUGCAGUCCCCGGGAUGCCUUCGCGUCUUCUCUUCCCUCGGGUGACUUGAGAAACUGCUGUGUUACAGAAAAGCAUGUGACUUUCAGAAUAAUCCCGAGUGAGGAUGAGUCCAGAUGUGCCUCUACUGAAUGAUUACAAGCAGGACUUCUUUCUGAAGCGCUUUCCACAGACUGUUCUUGGAGGCCUUCGAUUCAAAUUAGGCUAUUGUGCCCCUCCUUACAUAUAUGUUAAUCAAAUUAUUCUUUUUCUAAUGCCAUGGGUUUGGGGUGGAGUCGGAACACUUUUGUACCAGUUGGGCAUCCUGAAAGACUAUUAUACAGCAGCACUUUCAGGUGGAUUAAUGCUUUUUACUGCAUUUGUCAUCCAGUUCACAAGUUUAUACGCCAGAAACAAAUCAGCAACAGUAGAAAGAAUACUAACCACGGAUAUCUUAGCAGAGGAGGAUGAGCAUGAAUUUACAAGUUGUGCUGGUGCUGAGACUGUCAAAUUUCUCAUUCCUGGCAAGAAAUAUAUAGCCAAUACAGUUUUUCAUUCUGUUCUUGCUGGAUUAGCGUGUGGUCUUGGAACAUGGUAUCUGCUCCCAAAUAGAAUAACCUUGCUGUAUGGCAGUACAGGAGGCACUGCUCUACUAUUCUUCUUUGGAUGGAUGACAUUAUGUAUAGGAGAAUAUUCAUUAAUUGUAAACACAGCUACAGAGACUGCGACUUUCCAAACACAGGAUACUUAUGAAAUUACUCCUCUUAUGAGACCUCUUUAUAUUUUUUUCUUUGUUUCUGUGGAUCUGGCACACAGGUUUAUGGUAAAUAUGCCAGCUCUAGAACAAAUGAAUCAGAUUUUACACAUCUUGUUUGUAUUUUUACCCUUUCUGUGGGCACUUGGGACUCUGCCCCCACCCGAUGCACUUUUCUUAUGGGCAAUGGAGCAGGUUUUAGAGUUCGGCCUUGGAGGCUCAUCUAUGUCAACCCACUUACGGUUAUUAGUAAUGUUCAUCAUGUCUGCUGGAACAGCUAUAACAUCAUAUUUCAUUCCAAGCACUGUUGGUGUGGUUCUUUUCAUGACUGGAUUUGGUUUCUUGCUGAGUCUGAACUUAAGUGAUAUGGGUCACAAAAUUGGAACCAAAUCUAAGGAUUUACCCAGUGGUCCAGAAAAACAUUUUUCAUGGAAGGAGUGCCUUUUCUACAUCAUUAUAUUAGUCUUGGCUCUUUUAGAAACUAGUUUGCUUCAUCACUUUGCUGGCUUCUCACAGAUUUCUAAAAGUGGUUCCCAGGCUAUUGUGGGCUAUGGUUUGAUGAUAUUACUUAUAAUACUGUGGAUACUUAGAGAAAUUCAAAGCGUAUAUAUCAUUGGAAUUUUCCGAAAUCCCUUUUAUCCGAAGGAUGUGCAAACUGUGACUGUAUUCUUUGAGAAGCAAACUAGGCUCAUGAAGAUUGGUAUUGUCAGACGGAUUUUGCUAACUUUAGUAUCACCUUUUGCCAUGAUAGCAUUUCUUUCAUUGGACAGUUCCUUACAAGGGCUCCACUCAGUGUCUGUCUGUAUUGGAUUCACAAGAGCCUUUAGAAUGGUAUGGCAGAAUACAGAAAAUGCUUUAUUGGAGACAGUCAUCGUAUCAACAGUACACUUGAUCUCCAGUACAGACAUAUGGUGGAACAGAAGCCUGGAUACAGGAAUCAGACUCUUACUGGUUGGUAUCAUACGUGAUCGUUUGAUUCAGUUCGUCUCUAAAUUGCAGUUUGCUGUGACUGUGCUUUUGACAUCAUGGACAGAGAAAAAACAACGUCGAAAAACAACUGCCACUUUAUGUAUACUCAACAUUGUCUUUUCUCCAUUUGUGUUGGUCAUCAUAGUUUUUUCUACACUACUCUCUUCUCCCUUACUCCCCCUUUUCACCCUUCCUGUGUUCUUGGUGGGGUUUCCCCGACCUAUUCAGAGUUGGCCAGGAGCAGCGGGCACCACAGCCUGUGUGUGUGCAGAUACAGUGUACUACUACCAAAUGGUGCCCAGGUUGACUGCUGUACUACAGACUGCAAUGGCAGCUGGAAGUUUAGGUCUCCUCCUACCUGGAUCUCAUUACUUGGGCCGUUUUCAGGAUCGUUUAAUAUGGAUAAUGAUUCUGGAAUGUGGCUAUACUUACUGCUGUAUUAACAUUAAGGGGUUAGAAUUGCAGGAAACAUCCUGUCAUACUGCAGAAGCUCGCAGAGUUGAUGAAGUUUUUGAAGAUGCUUUUGAGCAAGAAUACACAAGAGUAUGUUCCCUUAAUGAACACUUUGGAAAUGUCUUGACACCCUGUACUGUUUUGCCUGUGAAAUUAUAUUCUGAUGCCAGGAAUGUUCUAUCAGGCAUAAUUGAUUCUCAUGAAAACUUAAAAGAAUUUAAAGGUGACCUCAUUAAAGUACUUGUGUGGAUACUUGUUCAAUAUUGCUCCAAAAGGCCUGGCAUGAAAGAGAAUGUUCACAACACUGAAAAUAAAGGGAAAGCACCUCCAAUCUUGCCUGCUUUGAACACUUCGCCACCUCCCAAAUCCCCAGAAGACAUAGAUAGUUUAAAUUCAGAAACUUUUAGUGACUGGUCUGAUGAUAAUAUUUUUGAUGAUGAGCCAACUAUCAAAAAAGUAAUAGAAGAAAAACAUCAGUUGAAAGAUUUGCCAGGUACAAAUUUGUUUAUUCCAGGAUCAGUAGAAUCACAGAGGGUUAGUGAUCAUUCUACAGGCACUGUUCCUGAAAACGAUCUUUACAAAGCAGUUCUAUUAGGAUACCCUGCUGUUGACAAAGGAAAGCAAGAGAACAUGCCAUAUAUUCCUCUCAUGGAGUUCAGUUGUUCACAUUCUCACUUAGUAUGCUUACCUGCAGAGUGGAGGACUAGCUGUAUGCCCAGUUCCAAAAUGAAGGAGAUGAGCUCGUUAUUUCCAGAAGACUGGUACCAAUUUGUUUUAAGGCAGUUGGAAUGUUUUCAUUCAGAAGAGAAGGCCUCAAAUGUACUGGAAGAAAUUGCCAAGGACAAAGUUUUAAAAGACUUUUAUGUUCAUACAGUAAUGACGUGUUAUUUUAGUUUAUUUGGAAUAGACAAUAUGGCUCCUAGUCCUGGUCAUAUAUUGAGAGUUUACAGUGGUGUUUUGCCUUGGUCUGUUGCUUUGGACUGGCUCACAGAAAAGCCAGAACUGUUUCAACUAGCACUGAAAGCAUUCAGGUAUACUCUGAAACUAACGAUUGAUAAAGCAAGUUUAGGUCCAAUAGAAGACUUUAGAGAACUGAUUAAGUACCUUGAAGAAUAUGAACGUGACUGGUACAUUGGUUUGGUAUCUGAUGAAAAGUGGAAGGAAGCAAUUUUACAAGAAAAGCCAUACUUGUUUUCUCUGGGGUAUGAUACUAAUAUGGGAAUUUACACUGGGAGAGUACUUAGCCUUCAAGAAUUAUUGAUCCAAGUGGGAAAGUUAAAUCCUGAAGCUGUUAGAGGUCAGUGGGCCAAUCUUUCAUGGGAAUUACUUUAUGCCACAAACGAUGAUGAAGAACGUUAUAGUAUACAAGCUCAUCCACUACUUUUAAGAAAUCUUACAGUACAAGCAGCAGAACCUCCCCUGGGAUAUCCGAUUUAUUCUUCAAAACCUCUCCAUAUACAUUUGUAUUAGAGCUCAUUUUGACUGUAAUGUCAUCAAAUGCAAUGUUUUUAUUUUUUCAUCCUAAAAAAGUAACUGUGAUUCUUGUAACUUGAGGACUUCUCCCCACCCCCAUUCAGAUGCCUGAGAACAGCUAAGCUCCAUAAAGUUGGUUCUCUUAGCCAUCUUAAUGGUUCUAAAAAACAGCAAAAACAUCUUUACGUCUAACAUAAAAGUUAGAACUAUUUGGCCAAUAUUUGUGCCUUCUGGACUUUAGUAGGCUUUGGUAAAUAUGAGAAAACAUUUGUAUAAUUAUUAUAUAAUGAAUUUUGUAAUGCUUUCUUAAAUGUGUUAUAAGUGAAUUGCCAUACAAAGUUAACAGCUAUGUAAUUUUUACAUACUUAAAAGAUAUACAUAUCAGUGUUCUAAGUAGUGAUAAUGGAUCCUGUUGGAGGUUAACAUAAUGUGUAUAUAUUUGAAAUAUAAUUUAUAGUAUUUUCAAAUGUACUGAUUUAACAUCUAAUAUUAUCUGAAUGUUUGUGUAUCAAGUAAUUUGUUUUCAUAGACUUCAAUUCACAAACUUUAAAAAACUUUUAAUAA